AUGGCAGCUGGAAUGACCUCCCAAGGCAAUGUCUACCUAGCUGAGCUCGUGCCUAGAGACAUCCGCGGGCGCAUUGUGGGCUUCCAACAAGGGACUAUUAGCCUUGGCAUCUUCGCUACAUACCUGAUCGCCUAUGCGUGCACAUAUCAUACAUGGGGCUUCCGCCUCAGCUGGGGGCUGCAGGGUAUCCCCGGGAUCAUCCAUCGGGUCUCUCUUUUGUUCUUCCCUGAGUCUCCACGCUGGCUUGCCGCGCCGUUAUCGUGGAUCUACUGCGCCGAGAUCUUCCCCUUCCGCCAGCGGACCAAGGGCGUGGCUUUGUCGACAGCCAUAAAUGAGAUUGUCAAGAUCAUAUUAGGGUACACCAUGGAUGUGGGAUUCGAGAAUUUGUAG